AUGCAAAACAGUGAAGCAGCUGCAGAAAAGCCACAGUGUGGACAAAGGAUCAUUUUUACAGGCCCAGAUGGAAUUGGAGAUUACAGACCCAGAUCAAAUUAUUUCCCUUUUUAUAUUGGUGUGGGUGCCUCAUCACCUGAGGCCACAGGUGACCUGAGUUACUUAUGGCGAGCUGCAACACAUGCCCCUCCUCCUAUGCCCAAGCAGAGCUAUGUAGGGGAAGUUGGCUGGGGCUGGCAGUAUAACCAGCUGCUGAAUAGCAGGACACUGUUCAGCAAUCUGCAAAUUAAGAAAACUGACAUACGGAUGGCAUUGGAGGACAGAGUGACUCACAGGUUUCAGAACAAACAACAGAACAUGGCAGAUGACUCACAACAAGUCAACACCAAGUUUCACAGAGACAGUCAGAGCUAACAGCAGAUGGCAUUCUACCACUUCCGACAGCUGGAGGACCUGACUGUCAAUGAGAUACUUCACGUUUGAUCUUUUAAUCCCAUUAACAUGUUGACUAUUCAAUAGUUUCCUUUUUCAUGUUCUCGAGCUCUUCACAUCAUUUUUGGUAUCAGGUAGACUGUUGUCUUGCACAGCUCCACACACCUGUGAAAGUUCAUGGAAAGUUUAUAACUCCACUUGAUUGUUGUAAUUCACAAUGGAAUUCAUAACUAGUGUACAUCUUGACAAUAUAAACUAGGCAAACAAAGUUGAAAAAGUUUCUUUGUCCAACUUCUAACAAUAACUAAUCUCCUCAUACUGGGGAUUAUUUUCAGACAUAACAGUGAUAACCCCUCUAACACUGUCAUAGAUAAAUGUAGACUUUCCAUUCCUGUAUGAGAAGCAUCUGAUAAUCCAGCCCCAUGGCAAAAGCAAUCAUACCCACAUACAGUAUGUCUGGUGUAGAUAACUGGUGUCAUAAGCUAAAAUGGUUGGAAAAUCACCUAAUUAAACCUAGAGGGGAAAUAUUGCUUAAGAUGUACUUAACUGAGCAACCCAACUUCUUCAAAGACCCCUGAACUAACACAGUCUUGUAAAUGCCUUCAAUGUUUCAAUAAAAUUCAACCACAGCA